GUUGCCCUGAUCACGGGUGGAGCUAGUGGAAUGGGAUAUGCAGUUGCUGCUGCCCUGUCUACACGCCCUGACUGGGAAAUCCACAUCCUGGACAUCAACUCAGACCGGGGGACAGCAGCAGCUGACGGUCUUGCCCGGACCACCUUCCACUAUGCAGACGUUACAAAGUACCCGAUCCUUAGCGAGGCGUUCCAGAAAUCGUUCCAGGCACACAAGAAACUCGAUUUCGUGUUUGCAAAUGCCGGCAUGAUCGAGCGUUUCAACUUCUACGAGUCCCACCCCUUCGGGUCCGGCGAGAUGGUGGCGCCGCCACCAGAACCGGAUCUGCUAUCAGUCGAUGCAGACUUGAAAGGGGUAAUCCUGACGACCUAUCUAGCGCAGCAUUACUUCCGCGCGUCCCCGGGCCAUGGGGUUGGGGCGAGUAUUGUCAUGACCGCUAGCUGCGGCGGGCUCUAUCCGUCAUUCUACUCCCCACUAUACUCGUCGGCAAAAUUCGGUGUGGUUGGCUUUAUGCGCUCGAUCGCGCAGCACUUCCACGCGGGGGGCGUCCGUGCCAAUGCCAUUUGCCCCGGAAUCGUACGCACCGACCUGGUUGAUCGGAAGGGAUGGAACGCCUUCCCGCAGCAUCGAUUCCUUGAGAUGCAGUCGGUGGUCCAAGUGGUGCUGCAGCUGGCGGGGGAGGGCGAGGGCGAGGGUGGGUCGGGCUUGACAGAUACACUAGGGACUCACGUACCCACCGACAGACUUUUCGGACAGGCCGUGGAGAUCUCGGACACUGGCGUCUACUUCCGGGACCAGCAUUCGUUCUGUGAUGACGGCAUGCGCGAGGUGAUGGCAGCGACAGUGCUGGAGAACCAGGUUGGGGCCAUUUUGAACAAGUAGUUCCAAGUAGUGUGACAAAUAAUCAGAAACGGGGAAUUUAUUGUCGACUCAGAUCGGCAGAGUCAAUUCCAGUGCAGUUCGGCUAUUUUCUUUUCUUUUUGGUUCGUCAGCUGAGUAUUAUGGAUAUUCAGUGUACAGACUACUCUGGAGGAAACCAGA